AUGCGUUGACUACUCAAUAUAAACGCGUUCUGUAGUGGAAGCAAGUCAGUCAUUGUUGUGAGUUCGAGUUGACACAAGAUACAAGAAUUUACAAGAGUUGACAGUGUUCACGUUAGUUACUGAUUGUCGUUGGUGUUCCUGAAAUUCUAAAAAUGUCGCUGGUUCCGUACCUAAUGCGAGACUUGAUCCGCGAACUUGAGCGCCCAAGGAUGUACGACCAGUACUUCGGGAUGCCUCUUACACCGUCCAUGUUGGAAAUGCAGCCCUGGAAACUGUUAAACCAACUGGAGCCUGGCGCAUCCAUUGUCAAUGAUAAGAAGAACUUUAAGGUGAGUUUGGACGUCCAACAGUUCAAGCCUGAAGAAUUGUCAGUGAAGGUCGUCGACAACUUCGUGGUUGUUGAGGGAAAGCACGAGGAGCGUCGAGACAACCACGGGUUUGUCUCUCGACAGUUCACUCGUCGUUACUGCCUGCCAGACGAUGUCGACACCAGUGCGCUGCAGACUACGUUGUCUUCUGACGGAGUUCUGCAGCUGCACGCUCCUAAGAAACUCCAGGAGAAGAACGCCAGGAAUAUUCCGAUCACACAAACCAACGCUCCAGUCGUCAAAGCAGCCAAACCUCAACCACAGCAGGAAGAGGAGAAGAAGAAGUAAGAUUAGAGGUCUAAAACCUUGCGUAAGACUGAUAUGAAUUAAUUUAUUGCUCACUGAGGAAAUAGAUCAUGUUUGUUUUAAAUGUUAGUAUGAAUUUGUUUUGUAAUGUUUUGUAAGUUAGUAAUGUUUGUGUGUAAUUUACUCAUAGUAAAAAAUAUAUUCUUUGCUUCAGAUAGCUACAUAAAGUCUGUUUCCUGAAUGAGUUAUUUGUGUUGUUGAAUAUAUUUGUAAAUAAACUAAAGUUGUCAAUAUAA